AUGCAAAUUGCCCAUCUCAAGAGUAAGCAGUUCCACAGCCAGAACUACGCGGUGUUCAUCCCCAAAAAAGACCAAUGCGACAUCUGUGUAAGUUACAAACAUGGAAACAUUGAUGAAGAAACGUACAAUGCUCACAUCCGCGCUAAGGAUCAGGCGAGAGAUGAAAAAGCAAGGGACAAAGCAUCUGCAAUGAAGCAGGUUACCCACAGUGAAUGGAUGAAACUAGAUGGUAUGUACUUCACCAGCAUCAGGCCAGGUAAGAAGGCUGGAUAUCCUACCGUCCAUGAUCUCCGAGGACUUGAAUACCGCAGUGAUGGCCAGGCGAUUAAAGACAGCAAGCUGAUUGCGAUGGUCGGUGUCCUACUGAUGAUGAACAUGACUGUACUUAUACUCCAGCUAAUAAUUGAUCCACCCCACAUUGACACUAUCUCAGCCAGGCCUAUCGUGAGUCCGCACGACUCUGACGUCAUCAAUCAGUACCUGAUCGACACGUGCAGCUCGAAGAAUGAGGUUUACUUCAUGGCAGCGUUGUACAUCAUCCAGGGAGUACUCCUGUUUGGGGGAUGCUUCCUAGCCUACGAGACUCGCAAGGUGAAAGUGGAGGCACUGAAUGAUUCGCAGCUGAUCGGUACUUGCAUCUACAACGCCGUCGUUCUGUCGUUCAUGGGCGUCGCCAUUACGUUUAUCCUGCCCGACAAUCCGCCCGUCAAGUACGGCCUCGUCUCUAGCUUCAUCAUCGGUGGAACUACGUUCACCGCCUUCCUGCUCUUCUUACCUAAGAAUGUUCCGCCCAAGUUUGGAAAGGAUCCUUGA